AAGAAAAUUGAAAUUUCAAACCCCUCACCUUUUAUGUAAUAACUAACAAUAAAACCUUUCCUAAAUCCUUUUCCUUUUCCUAUUAUCUAAAGGGUGGUGUGGAGGGAGAUGUUGACGACACCACACAAGAAAACUAAAAUUUAGAGAAACGCAAUCAUCAAUCAAGAAAUCAAAAUCAAAUCAUAUCAACAUCCACAACGCCGAUUGCUUCAUCCAUACCCUCCCAGAUUUCUUCAAUUCCAUUCAAAAAAAGAGAAGUGAUGGCAGGUGAAGAAGAUACCUUCAACUCUCAACUAACCCAAACACAAACCGUUUGGAAGGAGGAUUUGGAGCGAGGGCAAUCUCAAGUGGAUGAAUUACAAACAAAACUUUCCGAGGUUUCGUUAUGCGUGCAGGAAUCUAGUAAAGAUUCUAAAAAGGAGUUGGAGCUUCUUUGGAGAAGAGUAAAAACCGCAACGACAUUGUUAACGUAUUUGGAAUCAAAAGCAAGAAUAAUGACAAUUCCCCAUUUAGCCCUCACCUCUUGUGGCAUCAAACCAUCAGACGUCGAAGGCUUCAUCGAUAGAAGCGGUACACCGAUGUCUAACUGGUCAAACGAUGCAAACCUUCCUAACUUUGACUCUCGGGAGGUUGAAACAUUGAUCGCUAUUAAUAGUCAACACGGGUUUGUUGACGAACAAGACGGGUCGUACAUGGGGGAAAUACUGAACAGUGUGCAAACGGUUACGGAUGUGAUGGAGUUUCUCGUGAAAAGGGUACUUGUGGCUGAAUCUGAAACUAGUAGUGCGAAACAGAAAGUAAGUUCGGGUCAAGAAGAGAUUAAAAAGAAGGCGAUUCAGAUUGAAACAAUGUCUGAGAAGCUAGAUGAGAUGGAUCGCUUUGCAAUGGGUACGAAUUGUAUUUUGAAUGAGAUGAGACAGAGGGUUGAAGAUUUAGUUGAGGAAACGUCUAGACAGAGGCAACGUGCUGCUGAAAACGAACAGGAGCUUACUCGUGUCAAACAGGACUUUGAGUCGUUAAAAUCUUAUGUUAGUAGUCUCAUAAGUGUUAGAGAAACACUUGUUUCUUCAGAGAAGCAGUUUCAGACUAUCGAGAGGCUUUUUGAACGGUUAGUUGUGAAGACAACACAGCUGGAGAGUGAAAAGGUGCAGAAAGAAGCCGAAGUGCAAAAACUUUUGGAUGAGAACAUGAAACUGAGUGCUCUUCUUGACAAGAAAGAGGCCCAACUUUUAGCCAUGAACGAACAAUGCAAGGUAAUGGCGCUCAGCGCUUCCAACAUCUAAAAGAAUAUAUCGCUUUUAUUUGUCAAAUUCUUCUGAAAUUUCAAACUAAAAUGGUCAUGCUGAGUGGUAAUCUGGAUUUCUGUGUUGUGAAAUGUAAUGUGAAGAAGAUGAUGAUCCUACAUUUGAAUUGAAAUUGGAUAUUUGAAUCCAUGUGAUUUGAAUGUGUUAUAACAACUUUUGGUAGUUUCAUGGUUUU